CCCAUUCCGCGGCGUCAGUGUAUAGUGUUAUGGCCCCUUCAUGGCUCGAAGAGAUUGCAGGGGACUGGAAUGACACCAACGGAAAUCACUACGAGGUGUGGAUGGAUGAAUCCGGAUCUUCCUGCAGUGUGCGAACGACCAGAAAGAAUGGGCAUACCAAGACCACCAGAGGCAUGCUGAAAUACGACAGCCGAACAGAUACGUUGAUGUGGGGCCGUAGCUAUUUCCUGGAGAUGGAAGAGAACAACAACCGAAAGAUCUAUUGGACGCCCUUGAAGGCUGUGACGCCAUACACCUGGUACAGGUGCGACGAUGAGGCAGAUGAGGAUGAGGAAGAGGAGGACGAAGAGGAUGAGGAGGAUGAGGACGAAGAGAAUUGGGAUGUGGCCGAAAGUAACGUGCCAAUCCUGCAGCAAGUCGUUGGAAGUUGGAGAGAUGCUGAUGGCACGACCUACAAGAUUACCUUAGAUGCGUCGGGGUCGUCUUGCAGUGCCAUGAUCCAAGAGCCGGAUGGUGCUCUCUACGAAGCCAAGGAGGACAUCAUCUGCGAGGACCAAGGCUUGUGGUGGAAUAGCUACUACUUGGAUCACGUCAAGAGUGGUGGCAGCAGGAUUCGCUGGAAAUGCACCGAAUCUGGAAAGGGCUUUUGGUGGAACAGCAUUCCAGAGAAACCAGCGAAGAGCGCUCCCGAGAAACCGCUUGCGAAGAGCGUUCCGGAGAAACCUGCAGUUCUGAGCACAAGCGUCCUGAAGUCCCUGCUUGGCGAAUGGAGAGAUGAGGAGGACCGGGAAUACCUGGUCUCCCUGGACGCCUCCGGCGACUCCUGCACCGUGGAGAUCCGGCGGCCCAAUGGCAGCAGCUUCCGAGCCGAAGGGGUCUUGAAGUACAGCAAGGCCAAAGAGCGCGUAAUGUGGGGCCGAUCGUAUUACUUGGAGGUGCGCAGCGCUGGUGAUAUAGUUUGGACUCAUACCGGCAGAGGCAAGCCUUUCCGAUGGCUGGCCCGGGCGCCGGAGUCGACCGAGCGUCGCAAGACGUUUCGAACGGAUGAGGAGAUCAGUGCCCAGAAGACGCUGAAGGAGCGGAAGCUACAGCGCUGGGAAGGGCCUGAGGGCAUUGACGAGCCUCUGGAGGAGUUGUCCUGCCCUCGUGAGUGGGACCAGUUCAAGGCCAACGCAGAGCUCUUCGGUUAUGUCUCUACGUACAAGGAGGACAUGUCUCAGUACUCCACGAAGAUCGACGCGACGAAGAUGCCCAGCGGUUGGCGAAAGAAGGCGGAGCGCGUGGCGACGGAGAUCGAAGGCCAGGAAGGUGCCAGUCCUGCGGAAGAAUCGGUGGAUGCGCAGGAUGAAGAAGACCUUUUCUCUGCAGUCCAGCGGAAUGGCUCUGCCCAGAAAGUCCAGCGGAAUGCGCCGCCAUCUGCAUUUUUUCUGCGUGGAUGAUCCAUGGAAAGCAGAAGGUUUCUGUUGCAACAACCACU